AUGCUUCCUCCGAUUCCAGCAUUGGCGGACUACGGCAUCUCGGCGGACCAUGGCUUCCUCCCUCCAGAGCCACCGCUUGAGAUCUUGCCAGACCCUUAUUAUGCCAAGUGGGAGUGGAUCGUUUCCAACCUGCAGGCACUUCUGACUAGCCGGAGGAUCCGGGAGGUGGUCGACCAUAUGUCCACGUUGUCUACAUCAUAUCUCCAGUCGGAGAACGAGUGGCGCAGGGCCUAUGUCGUACUGGUAUUUAUGCUACAUGGGUAUGUGUGGGGGGGCAGCAAGCCGGCAGAGAAAAUCCCGCCUCAGCUGACCGUCCCACUAUUCGACGUCUGCGAGCACCUGGGUCUGCCACCCGUGGCCACUUAUGCAGGGGUGUGUUUGUGGAACUAUAAGCCUAUUUUCCCGGAGGAACCGAUCGAUGAUUUACGUAAUCUGGACACCAUCAACACAUUCACAGGGUCUUUGGAUGAGAAGUGGUUCUACCUGGUCUCAGUGGCCAUUGAAGCUCGUGGAGCACCCUCGAUCCCGCUGGUGCUGCAAGCAAUUGCGGCGGCCCGGGCUGGAAACAGUCUGGUAGUCACCGAAUGCCUGCAGCGACUUGCUGAGGUGCUGGACGAGGUAGGGUCGCUGUUGGAGCGCAUGUACGAGCAUUGCGAUCCGUACGUGUUCUACCACCGCAUCCGGCCCUACCUGGCUGGGAGCAAGAACAUGGCUGAUGCCGGUCUCCCGCAUGGUCUGUUGUACGAUUAUGGAAACGGGCAGCCCGAGUAUCGACAGUAUGGCGGUGGUAGCAACGCCCAGAGCUCACUGAUCCAGUUCUUCGACAUCGCUCUGGGCAUUGAGCACCGUCCGACCGGGGAGACGCGUCCGAGCAGCACCCCGAUAAAGGACGAGAAAGAGGGAGUUGCUGGGGCACCACGUCACGGUUUUAUCCAGGAGAUGCGUACAUACAUGCCUGCAGCGCAUCGUCGUUUCUUGGAGCAUGUCAAUGCAGUGGCCAACAUCCGACAGUACGUGGAAGCACGACGGUCGGACAAGGCACUGUGCAUUGCAUACGACGCAUGUCUGUCGAUGCUUCGGGCAAUGCGCGACAAGCACAUCCAAGUCGUAUCCCGCUAUAUCAUUAUUCAGUCUCGGGACGCUCGAUCCAGUCGCCCAGCGCGCGCAACCAGUCCCAAGAGACCCAUCAACUUGGCGACCGCCCGAAACGGCGAGAAGCCGGACAGCAAGAAAUUGCGGGGCACGGGUGGAACAGCCUUGAUCCCGUUCCUGAAACAAGCACGGGACGAGACGGGCGAGCCAGCGAUCGAUGCAUGGGCCCGUCGGCUGUUGAGUACAGGGCCGUCGGAGUCUAGCUUCGCGGCCCUGAGCAAAGUGGACGAGGACCACGAUGGACAUCUCCAGGUAGUGGGGCUGUCAGGAACAUGGGCAGCAGAUGACAGUGAGGGUGGCAUUUGUCAUUGGUAG